CCCCUCCCCCACCGUGAACACAAUAAGCCCCCAAUACACACUUCACCCCUAUACCCCACUCCAAAUCCUCUUCAUCUUCAUCCUCAAGAUCCUAUCUCUCAGAUUCAAUCAAGUCCUACUUCUCCAAACCGCAAAGACAUGAGCAACCAAGGCUACUACGGCGGCGACGGCCAGCAGGGUGGACAGUAUCCACCCCAGAGCCACAGUCCUUACCCCCCUCAGCAGCAGCAAUACGGACAAGCACCACCUCCGGAUCAGUAUAAUCAGGGCCAUAACAGCCCGUACCCGCCACAACAGAGUCCUUAUGCCCCACCCCCGUCUCAUUCACCUUACCCCCAGCAAGGCUACGGAGCUCCUCCUCCCGGCGAUUACAAUCAACAUGGUCAGCAGCAAUACGACCAGAAUCGCGCAAAUUCGCCCUACCCCCCGCAGCAACAGCAGGGCUACGGAGAGCACGGAUAUCCGCAGCAGCAGCAGUACCCGCAAGGCCAGUACGGCCAACCCGGUGCUCCAGGAGGCCCAGGUGCCGAAGAUCGCGGUCUCGGGUCUACUCUGCUCGGAGGUGCUGGCGGCGCCUUUGUUGGACACAAGAUGGGAGGAGGUGUCCUCGGUACCAUGGGCGGCAUGGUAGCUGGCGCUGUGGGCGCAAACUAUCUGUCGGAUAAGCAUGACAAGAAAGACAAAAAGCACAAGAAGCAUAAGAAACACGGAAGCGGCUCGUAUGCUGGCUCGUCUGCUGGCCUCGGUGGUCUGUAUGCGCAUGGAAAGAAGGAGAAGAAGCACAAGAAGAAGAAGGAAGGGAAGCGCGGAGGCAGCAGCUCCUCAUCAUCUUCAAGUAGUGAUUCGGACUAA